AUGCCGCGAAUGGCUGUUCAGAUGGCUUGGGCGGCGCAGUGGGCUGCGCUGGGCCCAUACUUGUCGACGAUGCUGCCAAACACUGCGGUCCAGCUCACCCAAUUCAUUGGCUUCGUCGCCGGUGUCAUUGUCGGACACAGUGUUGGUGUGUUUAGUGACCGCACCACAUCGCGUCUUGGACGACUUCGCCCGUACCUGAUUGUCGCCGGUAUCCUCAGUGUGGUCUGUUGGAUUGCUAUGGGCUACACUCGCGAUAUCGGUGACGCUCUUGGCGACCACGGAAACGGUACUGACGGCGAGACCGACCGUACGUGGACGUCGGUAUUCACAAUCAUUUUCUAUGCCUGGAUGGACAUCACUGUCAACAUGGUGCAGACCCCCGCUAUGCUUCUUAUUGCCGACUUUGCCGGCGACAGACAGACAACCGGAGCCGCUCUUGGACAGGCUUGGUCGACGCUUGGAGCCAUUGUCAUUGCUGUGUACAUCGAGAUCUUCGAAGCCGCUUACAAUACGCUGCACUGGUUCCUAGGUAUGCUUUCUACCCCGCUCGAUCCCAGCACAGUGGAAAAGGCGUCGGCCUGGGUUCAGGUCAAGGGAGCGCUCUACUCGAUAUACCGCGGCAUCAAGACGUUACCCGCUACGCUGAUCGUGUACUCUUUUGGCUUAUUCUUUGUGCUAUACGGCUUCACGGCAUACAACGGAAACAAGGGACAGUUUUUCGGCCUUGAAGUGUACGGCGGUACGGCUACCAACGCUGAUAAUUGUGACCCCUGCUCCGAAGCCCAAGACGCGUACAACGAGGGUGUCAGCCUUGCCGGUGGGACUGCUGAUCUUCUCUACAAUAUAGUAGGCUACGUCUACUCGUGGUGCAUUCCACUCUUGGUGAGCAAAUUCGGUCUCAAAUGGGUCCUCACGAUGUCGACUAUCCCGCAGAUGCUCCUUAUGGUCAUGGCGUGGGUCGACAACAAGGGAUUCGAUGUCUUCGUGGUUGCCAUCACGGGUAUGACCUCCUCGAUUUGGUUCUCCUGCAUCGUGCCGGUUGUCAUCCACGUGAUGGGCGAGGAUGUGGACAUCGGCAUGUACGUGGGGGCGUUGAACUCGGCCAACUGCUUUGGCCAGCCUUUCAACUACGCUAUUGGUGCUGCUAUCGUCAACUUCCUCUUUUGGCCACAAGUGGUAUGGUUCAUUUUCUUUGUGCAGAGUUCCUUACUACUUUAG